CGUCAAAUUGCUGUAAUCAGAGUGAAGCAGCCACGGCGUCAUUUAUAGAGGGAGGGAGUUCACACUAGACUACAAGCAAGAGAAAGGUAGGGUAGCAGAUCGGCUAUGGCGUCGACUAAGGAACAUGAAAGCUUUGUCUACGUCGCUAAGCUUGCUGAGCAAGCUGAGCGCUAUGAAGAAAUGGUGGAUGCCAUGAAAAAGGUUGCUGAGCUCAAUGUUGAAUUAACGGUUGAAGAGCGAAACCUUCUCUCAGUUGGGUAUAAGAAUGUAGUGGGUGCAAGGAGAGCUUCUUGGAGGAUUCUGUCUUCGAUUGAGCAGAAAGAGGAAGCAAAAGGGAACAAUCUGAGUGUGCAACGUAUAAAGGAUUAUAGACAAAAGGUGGAGUCGGAGUUGUCAAAUAUUUGCAGCGAUAUUAUGACUGUUAUGGAUGAGCAUCUUAUUCCCUCUUGCUCUGGUGGUGAAUCCAGCGUGUUUUUCUACAAAAUGAAAGGUGACUAUUAUCGGUAUCUGGCGGAGUUUAAAUCUGGUGAUGAGAGAAAAGAAGCAGCUGAUCAGUCCAUGAAAGCAUAUCAGACAGCUUCCUCUACAGCUGAGGCUGAGUUACCUCCCACCCAUCCCAUCAGGCUGGGUUUGGCUUUGAAUUUCUCUGUAUUUUAUUAUGAAAUUUUGAACUCCCCUGAAAGAGCCUGUCACCUUGCAAAGCAGGCCUUUGACGAAGCAAUCGCAGAGUUGGAUACUUUGAGUGAGGAGUCUUACAAGGACAGCACAUUGAUUAUGCAACUUCUAAGAGACAAUCUCACUUUGUGGACAUCCGAUAUUCCUGAAGAUGGAGCUGAAGAACAGAAGGAGUCCAACCGUGCCGUUGGAGGUGAAGAUGCUGAGUAAAAGUGACGAGGCCAUUGGUUAGGGCUUUGUGUUGUCAAUACGAGAAGGCUAGUCUCUAUUCAACUCUUGGUGGUUUUCUUUCUCUUGGAAGAAAGUUCUUAGUCUACCAUUAUUGUGACAGAAAAUGGAAGUUUUGUGCUAGAAACUUGCAAACUCUAGGGCUUUAUUUCCCCAAUUGACUAAAUGGAAAGCAUUUUGAAGAUUUGCUGUAGGAAUCUCCCAUUCUGCACAUCUUUCUGAAGCGAUAGCGUGUAUUUGUGACAUAUUUGGACGGCUAUGAGUUGAUGUGUGCGUUUGUCUUUUCUUUA